CAAAGACUCAGGAAGAGACAAGCUAGCCCUGACCAUGCUUAAUUUUUCAGUACAAUUCCUUCUCCUCCUGACUCUGGCCGUGCUUUUGUCUGUUAAACUCAUCAAAUGGAAGAGAAAGCAGUUAAACCUCCCACCUGGUCGACGAGGUUGGCCUUUCGUUGGCGAAACCUUCGGAUAUCUCAAGCCUCAUCCAGCCACUUCAGUCGGCCAGUUCAUGGAGCAACACAUAUCGAGGUACGGGAAGAUCUACCGGUCGAAUCUCUUCGGCGAGCCGACGAUCGUGUCGGCGGACGCAGCGCUGAACAGGUUCGUACUGCAGAACGAAGGGAAGCUGUUUGAGUGCAGCUACCCGAGCAGCAUCGGUGGGAUCCUGGGGAAAUGGUCGAUGCUGGUUCUAGUCGGUGACAUGCACCGCGAAAUGCGAAUGAUCUCGCUCAACUUCAUGAACAACGUCAGGCUCCGAUCCCGCCUCUUGCCGGAGGUCGAGCGCCACUCCCUUCUCGUGCUUCGCUCUUGGAUUCACGGUUCCCCUUUCUCAGCUCUAGAAGAAGCUAAAAAGGCACUUAAAAAAUCUCUCUGUUUUCUUUUUAACAUGAAUCGACAAGUGUUCGUUAAUUUGAUUGGGUUUUCUCUUCAGUUUACCUUCAAUUUGAUGGCAAAAAAUAUCAUGAGCAUGGAGCCGUACGAAGCAAAGACAGAGAAGUUGAGAUUGGAGUACAUAUCCUUCAUGAAAGGAGUGAUAUCUGCACCUCUAAAAUUUCCCGGGACUCCAUACUGGAAGGCCUUGAAGUCGCGAUCAAACAUUCUUAAUGUGAUUGAACAAAAAAUGCAAGAAAGAUGGCAAGAGAUGAGAGAGCAAGAGGGAGACGAGGAGGUGGAUGAUCUCCUUGGUUGGUGUCUAAAGCACUCCAAUCUUUCCAAAGAGCAGACCCUCGACCUUUUGCUCAGCCUACUAUUUGCCGGCCAUGAAACGUCAUCGGUGGCCUUGGCUUCAGCUAUAUUCUUCUUGGAGAGCUGCCCAGAGGCCGUUCAAGAACUCCGGGAGGAGCACAGUGAAAUAGAACGUAAGAAGCUACAAAGAGCAGAGUCGAGUUUAACUUGGGAAGACUACAAAGAGAUGGAAUUCACUCAAUGUGUUAUAAACGAGACCCUACGACUUAGCAACGUCGUAAGGUUCGUGCAUAGAAAAGUUCUUCGAGAUGUAGAAUAUAAAGGGUACAAGAUUCCACGUGGAUGGAAAAUUCUACCUGUUUUUGCUUCAGUUCACUUGGAUUCUUCUCUGUACGAUGAUCCUCACCGGUUCACACCCUGGAGGUGGCAGAAAAACGGCGUGACAUCGACGACGACGAACAACUUCAUGCCUUAUGGCGGCGGGCCGCGUCUGUGUGCAGGCUCGGAGCUCGCGAAGCUCGAGCUGGCGGUCUUCCUGCACCACCUCGUGCUGAGCUACAGAUGGGAGUUGGCUGAGCCGGAUCACCCGCUUGCAUUCCCCUUCAUUGAGUUCCCAAAAGGACUCCCCAUAAAAGUCUACCCCAUUUGAUCAAAUAUGAAUUAUCAGACAAAACGAUUUAAAACCUAAAUCAUGAUCUCAUAGGUAUAUUUAAUCAUGAUGAAGUCCCUAUGUAAAUCUCGUGUUCAUCGUUGGUGAAUGCACCGAGCCAGGCUUCAAAUUUGAAAACUGUAAAAAAUGAUCGUCGCGGCUAAUCAAUCAGUUACUUUGUGUGCAUUGCGUAAAUAGUUAUAGGCCAAUAUACAUCUUGCAGUAGUGUGCAACAA